UUGAACGAUUGUGCAGGAAGUAGAAAUCGUCCAGAUUGAUGAAUCAAACGGUGGUUUAAAAGUGCAUACAGGUUCGAUGAUCGUGCAACACUGCCGUGGAUAAUCUCGCUGCUUGCAUUUUAUUGUACAUUACUCAGCUCUCUCGAACGAAAUAUCCGUUGAACCGACGGAUUUUUGACUGGAAAAGGUUUCUCUUACCUGUGGUCUGUGGGUAGGCGUCGACGUGGCACGAUACUCGAUACAUCAGCUGCUAUGGACCUACCUGUGACUUCUCCGUAGAGAAUGGCGCGUGUUACGGAAGAGUGGGGCCAAAAGGAAAGGACCGGUUUUUCUGGUUUUCAAUCUUUUCGACCCUCGUAGCCUAUUCUUGCUACCUUCUCCGCGAGCAUGCUACAGGAUACGUAUGUAUUAAUUUCAACACAAACGUCACACCGAUCCCUACGGACCUAACGGAACAGCACGCAAAGCAUGCUGGGCAUUUAACGUAUUAACGGAAAUCCGAGAUCGCGCCAAUAGCAAACAAAACAUUUUUCUCGUUAUUGAAGUUACAACAUACGUAGUUAAAAUUGAAGUUUAAUCUUUCUUGUUUGCAAAGUUAUUGAUAGAAAAUGUCUACUUCGGAACAGGAGGUACUUUAUAGUCCCAGCAAAUGGAGCAAGAGAUUCAGUCACAUGCAACUGUUAUCGCAUCAUUAUAAAUUUGCUAAAGAAGUUACCGAAAAUGCCCGUAAGACAUUGAAAUGUGAACUGAAUGUUCCAUAUAGUACAACGGAACGAACUAAAUAUGAUAUCUAUGGAACCAACUUACCUAACGAUUCUCCCAUUUUUAUAUUCAUUCAUGGUGGUUAUUGGCAAGAAGGUAACAAAGACCUGGCUGCAUUUGCAGCUUCUGUCUUUGUUAAUAAAGGAAUUAAAGUCAUAACUAUUGGCUAUGACUUAUGUCCUAAUGUCAAACUUGGAAAUAUAAUAUCACAGAUAAAAACAGCAGUUGAACAUGUAUUAAAAUCUGCAUUGCAUCUCAAAUGUCGGAAUGUUUGGGUCGCUGGUCAUAGCGCUGGUGCACAUUUAGCAUCUAGUCUUCUGUACGAUGAAUUAUGGUUAGAUAAGAUGACAAAACAAGGAUACCUAAAUUUAUUGAAAGGUAUCGUGUUAAUAGGCGGCGUGUUUAAUUUGAAACCCCUUAUUAAUACCAAUAUCAGUACAGCUUUAAAACUUACAAAGGAUGAAAUUGAGGCAUACAGCUUUUCCACUCUCAAUACCAAAAAUAACAAGCCCAUCCAAGGGUUGAAAGUUAUUGUAACCGAUGGAGAAUGUGAUUCACCAGGACUUAUCAAUGAAUCACGCGAGUGUGCUCAGAAACUCAUCACAAUGGUGGAUAAUGUGCAAUAUAUUUUUCUUCGAGAUAAUAUCGAUCAUUUUAAUAUCGUAGAAAAUCUCACGGACGCUGAAUUCAUUUUAACAAAAGUGAUACUGAAUAACAUUUUCUGCGACUAGAAGGCAAUGAUUUGUAUAGAAACAACAUCGAAACAUAUAACUUUAACAAUAGAAGAUAAAUUCAUAACAAACAUUUAACAUACAAAGACCACAGGGGAGAAACGUAAUGUUACAUUUUCCAUGUUUUAUAAAACAAUUAAAAAAUUU